GCUGUAUGGGCAUUGUUCCCUGUGCCUUACCUGAAAAGAGAAUCUUUAAACAAUACCUGUCAUCAUUUUUGUUUUCUGCUGUGGUUCGUUCAGUCUGUUUAAUUGGUGUGUUUAAAAUUUCUGUUUCGGUAGAUUUCCAAGUUAAACCUUUAAAUAAACAACCAAGAUGUCUGAAAGAAAAGUUUUAAACAAAUACUACCCGCCAGACUUCGAUCCUUCGAAGAUUCCUCGCAUGAAAUUGGCAAAAAAUCGUCAAUACACAGUUCGUCUCAUGGCCCCAUUCAAUAUGCGAUGCGCCACAUGCGGAGAGUACAUUUACAAGGGAAAGAAGUUUAAUGCACGAAAAGAGGAUGUCGAAAAUGAAGACUAUCUUGGUAUUAGAAUCUAUAGAUUUUAUAUCAAAUGUACCAGAUGCCUUCAAGAGAUUUCAUUCAAGACAGAUCCAAAGAAUACAGAUUAUGAAAUUGAAGCAGGUGCUACAAGAAACUUCAUGGCCUUAAAGCUGGCUGAAGAACAAGCCAAGCGAGAGGAAGAGGAACAGAAGGAGGAAGAAGCAAAUAAUCCUAUGAAAUUAUUGGAAUACAGAACUGAACAAUCAAGGCAAGAAAUAGAACUUUUGGAGAGUCUCGAAGAACUGAAGGAGCUUAAUAGGCGCCAGCGUACAGUGGACUAUGAGGGUAUGCUCAAGCAGUACCAACCUGAAUCUGAACAAGAGCGGAAAGCCAGAGAAGAAAAAGAAGACAAUGAAUUCAUCAAAUCCAUCAAAUUUGGGAGUACAUCAACAAAUAAAGUCGUCGCAGAAGAAAUUAUCGAGGAAGUACAAGAAGUUGAUGAACCGCCUGCAAAAACUCCUAGAAUUGAAGUCAUACCUCCUAAAGCUGCUGAACAAAGAAAAGCAGAAACCUGGAACAAAAGUAUAGGAGUAUUGUCUAAGAAGCCACUGUUGAAUAACCUUGUCAAGAAGAAGCAAGAAUCGACAUCAAAUGUUGCAGAUGACAAAUCUAUGUAACGGCUUCGGGCCGACGCACCGAUCUCGGUUCUGGGAAGCGGAGUUGUCGCGGCGCCGCCACGGAGCACUGUUCAUAAAUAAAAGGCUGCUUGGGAAAUAUUAUGUUACGUCUCGGGGUGUUUUUUGGGCGAGUGCGUGCGGCCGGCGUGGUCUGUCAGCCGCUCGCUACGCCCGCUCGCUCGCUGCGUACAGUGGGCGGAUUUCACAACGAUCAGUGUAACGAGAUCUCCAUCGUCCGAACCGCCUAAUGAACCGGAAACAUUAUUAGUACCUUUUACAAUUAAUCUGUUAUUCGAACGAAUUAAAUAAAACCCAAU